AAUAAAUUCUUUUAUCAGAUAUUAGAGCAAGCAGUAUAAUGCUGAUUAUUUUGUCGCCAAUUCUGUCUGUGACUCUCAUUGAGUGAGGAUGGUGCCUCCUUUCUUUAGACAGGCAUGGACGGUGUCAGCGGUGUGGACCAACAUGAUAGCGCAGGGCAUGGUGCUCAGCUACCCAACCAGCCUCCUACCUGCCCUGAAGGAUCCUGACUCCCCCAUCAAGGCUGAUCUGCAUACUGCAUCAUGGUUGGCAUCAUCAGCUGGCCUCUCUGGAAUCCCAGGGUUCCUGGUAUCAUCCUACCUCAUGGACGCAUACGGCCGAAAACUGUCACACGCUGCUGUGAUCCUACCAGGAUUUAUAGGGUGGAUCUUCAUAUACCUCGCUCGAGGCAUACCAGCACUCAUGAUUGGAAGAAUUCUAGGUGGCAUAACAGCCGGCGCCACCGUCUCUUUAGGAGCCAUCAUUAUAGGAGAAUAUUCAGACCCCAAGUACCGAGGAGUCUUCCUAAACCUCAAAACAGCAGCAGUAUGUCUAGGAGGCAUGAUUGUUCACAUCCUUGGCCACUUCUUUCAUUGGAGGACAGUUGCCCUAAUCGCUCUAACGCCGUACGUGCUAUCCUUAUUGGUCAUUUACACAUGGCCUGAAAGUCCAGCGUGGUUGGCGUCAAGAGGACAGUUCCAAAAAAGUGAAGACUCUUUCUAUUGGUUGAGGGGGAAAUCGGAGGCAUCCUUCAAUGAAAUGGAAGAAUUAAUCAAAGCUCAAAUGGAACGGAGAUCGAAACCAGUGGAGAGUAAAACAUGCAGUGAUAAUAUUGUUGGUUUCUUUCAUAGAUUAACCCAAAGGGAUUUCCUCAAACCACUGUUUAUUAUCUUCAUCAGCUCUAUAGUCCUGGAAACUAGUGGUAGACACUUGUUCCCCGCGUACGCAUUGCAAAUUAUCGGAGAAGUGACUGGCAACAAGUCUCAGACUUUUUACUACACUUUGGGUAUUGAUCUGAUCAUCACAUGCAGUGCCGUCUCUUCAUCUAUACUUGUCAAGAUCAUGAAGCGAAGGACACUACUCUUGUCCACCGGGUUCUCCGCGUGUGUAGUGAUGAUGGCAGCGUGUGUCUAUCUGUAUUUAAGAGAAGAGGGUGUCAUAGCGAACGACAAGGCCUGGAUACCUAUAGGCUUGUUUGCAGGAUACUUCAUCUUUGCCAAUUUGGGCUGUACGCCGAUACCUUUAGCGUUGUUAGGGGAAGUGUUUCCUUUGCGCCAUCGAGGAGUUGGAUCCUCGGCAGCAGGUAUCUUCAUAUCGUGUGGUGUGAUGGCUGGACUGCAGGUGACUCCGUAUCUACUCAUACAUCUGAAGGUGUAUGGUACAUUUGCUGUCUUCGCUGGAGUUAUGGGUCUUGCUCUAUUGGUGCUAUAUUUCAUUCUACCAGAAACUAAGGAUAGGACUCUUCAAGAGAUUGAGGAUUAUUUCAAUUAUGGCAAGUUCAAAGAUGACAACAAGAUGGACGAAGAUGCCGAAGUUAAGAUUAAAAUGGUGAAGUGAAUUCGGUGAUCAUCAUGUUGACUGUGACUGCGAAAUAGGCUAGGUAUAAAAUAAAUACACUAAAAGACUGUGAUUUAGAAAUAAGUAUUAGUAUUAAGUGCUAGUGUCUAUUCUAUCCUAACAAAUAAUUCCCCUUCCCAAUUCCCGAUUCCCCAACAACCUUUAAAUCUCUAACCCCCUAAGACCGGCAACGCAUUUGUAACGCCUCUGGUGUUUCGGGUGUCCAUAGGCGGUGGCGAUUGCUACCAUCGGGUGAUCCGUCUGCUCAUUUACCAUGGAAUGAAGGAUUGUGAAUAAGUGUUCAAAUACUCGUAAUAUUUACUUUAAAUACCAACAAUGAAACGUAACCUAUCUUAAUAUUGUAUAAAAUACAAUAUUCGUCGAUUCUCCACGCGCAAUACACUUGGAGAUCUAGCAAUAAAUUAAUAAAUGUCUUUAAUAUUUUAACAAGUCAUUGUGUUUUUCUUUUAGGAUGAAUUAUGAUUAGAUAUUAAUGUAGAUACUAAGUCUUGUAAAUAAAUGUUAACAA